UCCAGCUCAAGCACGCCCAGAUUCGCGACAACAACGGGAGAAGGGGGAAAUAAAAAGACAGACAAGUGUCCUGGCAUAUUACCACGCGCGUACAGUUCUUUCUGAAGAUUCAAGAUGUCCGGCCAAAAACAUUGGGAGCAAGACAAGGAAGCCACAGUCUAUGUCGGCAAUAUCGACGAACGCGCAACCGAUGCGCUCAUCUGGGAGCUCAUGGUCCAGGCUGGGCCCGUGGUCAAUGUUCAUCUACCAAAGGACCGCGUUACACAGUCGCAUCAGGGGUUUGGCUUCGUCGAGUUCAACGGCGAGGUUGAUGCCGAUUACGCAGCCAAGAUCAUGAACGGCAUCAGACUCUACGGCAAACCCCUACGCGUCAACAAAGCAUCCGCCGACAAGCAGAAGCCCCUCGAGAUAGGUGCAGAGCUCUUCAUUGGAAACCUUGAUCCCAUGGUGGAUGAGAAGAUCCUUUACGAUACCUUCAGUCGCUUUGGAACACUCACCGUCCCGCCUAAGGUUGCCCGAGACGAUAACGCCUUGAGCAAGGGCUAUGGCUUCGUGAGCUACAGCACCUUCGAAGCUAGUGACGAUGCCAUCAACAACAUGAAUGGCCAGUACCUCAUGAACAAGGACGUCACUGUGCAGUAUGCCUACAAGAAGGACGGCAAGGGCGAGAGACAUGGCGACGAAGCGGAACGCAUGUUGGCUGCCCAAGCUAAGAAACACAAUGUCACUAUUGAAACUCAACCGAUGCCUCCCGCCUACCACCAACAGCCAGGCCAAGCUACUCCCACACCCGCCGUUGCGCCCCCUAUUAUGGCCACAGGCGGCUUCGAUCCUGCCAUGAACCCAGCUGUGCCCCCUGCCAGGCCUAGUGGUUUCGCACCACCCUCUGGCCAUCGUCCUUCACCGGUGGGCUUUGGUGCCAAUGGUCCUUCCAUGCCGCCUAUGGGAGCCCGCCCAAACAACCUUCCACCUCCCCCUUCUGGCUUGCCUGCACGACCACCUCCAGCAACAGGCGGAUACGGUAGACCUGCUGACUUCCACCCCGGUAUGCCAGGCUUGCCAGCCGGGUUUCCUGGACAAAUGCCUCCUCCAGGGUUUGCACCACCCGGGAGCGGAGCACCGCCCGCACCGCCGGGAUUCACUCCUAGUUACGGACGAUGAUCCAUGUCCUAGAGCCAUAUCUAUGAGCCAUGUCCUAGAGCAGCCUCCUCAGUUAAAUCAUUGAGAGGCCACGGGGUCAAGAGUCAUACCAAUGACCCCAUCUCGGAC